AUGCCCCGUCUCUCUGGCCUGCAAAAGGAGGUCCUGGCCCUCUACCGUAACUCCCUGCGCGAGAUCCGCAAAAAGCCAGCGCCUGCUCGCCCCCACUUCCAUGCUUUUGCGAGAGCCGAGUUCGAGAAGAACCUGGCCAUAGACAAGCGUGACUUUGCGGCCGUCGAGUACCUGCUGCGCAAGGGCCGACGACAGCUCGAGACGUACUCGGCACCGGGCAUCGUGCGCAUCAGUUGA